AUGUCAUUAUUAUCAAAAUUUACAUCCAUAUUUGGUUCUAAUUAUAAUACAUAGGCUUCCGAUACUCCGUUAAAUUAAUAACUAUAAGAAGUGCUUACCUAAAUACUAAAGGCAAAUAAUAAAAUAGAUUUAAAGCAAAAGUCAGAACUUCUAGCCCAAUAUCUAUUGGAAAAGGAAGAACAUAUCGAGUAUUUGUUCUCAUUUUUAUAAACUACAUCUAAAGAUCUCAAUCCGUUAUCAGUUGUUCAUUUACUAUCAGUAAUCCACUAGCAAUUCUAAUACAAUGAAUUAAUUUAAGAUGUUGCUAUUAAGUUAAGAGAAACAAAAAUGCCAUGGAUUCAAUUAGAAAAACAUGAAUGGCAAUCUACAAAGACGGAGCCUGAUUUACCAAAGAAAUAGCAAUCAUAAAUCAUACUUACAGAAUUUGAAGACUCUUCUCGUCCAGCAGCCAUAUAUGCUCAAUUGUGUUAUGUAUAUUUGUAAAGAUUGGCAGCCAAUAUUGAUUUAUAUAGAGCUGUCUCAAAAUUUAUGUACCCAUAUGUUAGUGAUAAAGACUAAAUAGAACCUAAACUUAUGUUUUUAUGGCAUUACAAAAUUCAAAACUUAAUAAAUUCGGGCUUAAUAUUAUUGUAAUAUGAUCAAGAAUUAGUUGAAAUUCAAACUGCUCUCUAUUAGGAUGUUUGGAAAUUUUAAAAAUUUAUAUGCGUUGAAAUUGAAAAAAUUAUUGAUUAAUAUGUGACACUACCCAGUAGUGAUACUUUAUCUCUUUAUGAAAUAUAUCAAGAAAGUACAAAACAUUAUGAAAUUCUCCUAAAAUUUCAUCAAUUCACAUAAACAACGACGGAAGCUCCUCGGGAAUGUCAUUUCAAUAAUGUUAAUUUAUAGGAAUUUUUAGGGUUUGUUUCUAAAUUAAAAUUAUUGAAUUUGCCUAACUUUAAAAAGAAAAUUAAAGUUCCUAAUAAAGGUGAUCCUGGAAUGGGAGUUCCUACCAGAAAUCCGAAAGUCAGACAUUUAAAACAUUAAAGUAAUCAAUUCCUUGUAAACGAUACAGACAGUAGUGAUUCUGACGGUGUCGCAGAUAUAAAUCCUUAAAUAAUCUAAAAAAUCAAGAAUAAAACUGUGCAUUUAAGGGGUGAAAGUACUUUUCAAUAAAAAUAUAAAUGAUCAAUAAAUCGUAAUUUUAAUUUAUAGAUUAAAAGUACUUA